AUGGCCCCCUCAAUGGGCCUGCUCAACACAAUCGGCGUGCUACACGCGUGGACCGUGACGAACUUAUGCGAAGUCGCAGGUCCUAUAUUCGAUAGCCGCGGCGUCCUCCCUGUCGUCCUACCGGGCUCAAUCGGCCUGAUCGCGUCGAUAUUCUGCUUUAGCGAGAGUACUGAAUACUACCAAAUCCUCCUCUCCUUCAGCAUCCUCGGCGGCCUUUCCUCAUGCUGCCUCUUCACCUCCGCAAUAUCAGCCUUGGGCCACUGGUUCGACGCGAAUCGCGGGCUCGCCACGGGGCUCGCCUGCACAGCCGGCGGGCUCGGCGGUGUCUUCUUCAGCCUGAUCAUCCUCUACGUCUCCCCCGUCCUCGGCUUCGCAUGGGCGAUGUGGAUCAUCGGGAUGAUUUCCCCGGCCCUGUGUACCCUUGCCUGUCUCCUCCAGAUGAGGUUGCCAGCCAACAAUGAGGCCGGGAUGGCGGUUGAUUUUGGCGCGUUGAGGGAUGGCAGGUAUGCGCUUACGAUGGCCGCGAUUUGGCUCGUGGAGUUUGCGGCGUUUAUCCCGUAUGCGUAUCUCGUUUCGUAUGGGCUGCAUGCGGGGGUGGGACGCGAUGUCUCGUACCAGCUGUGUAAUUUGCUCAACGUCGGCGCGAUCCCUGGCCGCGCACUCCCGGGGAUCCUGGCCGAUCGCCUGGGGCGGUUCAACAUCAUGGUAGUGACGGCGAUCGGGUGCGCGCUCUCGACGCUCGCGCUGUGGUAUUGUGCUGGGAGUAAUCGGGGUGCUGUGGUUGCGUAUGCGGUUCUCUACGGGUUCUGGUCCGGGGCGGCGAUUAGCUUGACGCCUGUGUGUAUCUUGCAGGUUUGUCGGAUGGAGGAUUAUGGGAAGCGGAAUGGGACGGCGUUUACGCUUGUUAGUCUCGGGACGCUUACGGGGAUUCCCAUGGCUGGGGCGAUUCAGGAGAGUGAGGAGGGUGGGUUUUCAGGGUUGAUUAUCUUUGCUGGGGUGCUGUAUUUGGCUGCUGCGGGGGCUUUUCUUCUUGCGAGGGGGGUUGCCGGGGGUUGUGGGGUUAGAGUCAGCUUUUGA